AAAUAGCCUGAGGUAUUUCGGUUGUCAUUCUGACCAUCCCAUUGGUCGGGGGGCUGUGACUAUUUGAGAACUUCUUCGGAAUUGGGAGGACACGGGAGGUGGCUGCGGUGUUCCAAACAAAUUGUAAGAGAGUGACACAAGAGAGUGCAUUUCGGGUAUAAACAGCACCGUUUGUGCAACUUUCCUGACCAUCUGGACGAGGGAAGGGAUAAUUUCGAAGUGCGGAGGAAGACAGGCUGUGUACCACGGUUAUGGCGGUGGCUCUCAAUUUACUUUGCCUUGUAUUUAUCACAUCAGUGAUUUUACGAACUGCGACAUCGAGCACCUUCAAUGAAUCGAUUUACCUGGUGACAGUCAGCUCGGAGGUGGUAGGAGGGACCACAGAGAAACUUUGUGCUCAGGUCCACCAAGCCACAGAGCCUCUGUUGUUGAAGGUGUCGAUGGAUAUGGAGGGUGGCAGCAGCACCAUUCUACUGAAGGAAGCCGUAACACAGGACUUCUAUCACUGCACCUCCUUCCAGGUUCCCCCAGUGAAGGCUGACAGUGUAGCCACUGUCCAUGUUAGCAUCAAGGGGAGGAAUGAGGAGAUGAGAAAAAACACCAAGAUCAUUAUCAAGCCCAAAAGAUUCCUCACCAUUUUCCAGACAGACAAACCAGUCUACAAACCUGGACAGACGGUCAAGUUCCGAAUCGUCUCGCUGGAUGCCAGUUUCUUGUCAUUCAAUCAGAUGUAUCAAACAGUGGAACUUCAGGACCCCAACUCCAACCGCAUUGCUCAGUGGUUGAACCAGUCAACAGUGAGUGGAAUUCUGGACCUGUCCCACCCCAUGUCCGCAGAGGCAAUGCAAGGAAGUUACAUCAUCACUGCAUGGAAUGAGAAGGGAGAACAAACCUCCCAAAACUUUGACAUCAAAGAAUAUGUGUUGCCCAAAUAUGAGGUGAAAGUCUAUCUUCCCCAAACAAUAACUAUUCUGGACAAGCAAGCAACACUGAGAGUUUGUGGAAAAUACACUUAUGGAAAACCAGUGGUGGGGUCUGUCACGGCGAAAGUUUGCAGAAAUGCCAUUCAAUAUCGCUGGUUAUAUGAUUCUAGUAAUAUCUGCGAGUUGUAUCGUAUGAAAACUGACACAACUGGUUGUGCAACCCAAAUGAUCGACGUGACCCGGUUCGGUCUAAAUGAAUCAAAGUUUGAUGACUUCGAAGUGGAGACUGAGAUGGAGGAAUAUGGAACGGGGGUCAUCCUUAAAGGUAGUGGCAAGGCAAGCUUCACCAAUGUCAUCAUAACUGUUCGUUUUGAGGACGUGCCCCAAGCAUAUAAACCAGGAAUUGCAUACGAGGGGAAGAUCAAAGUGACCGGUCCAGACUCUACUCCCGUUCCCAAUGAGCCUGUAUAUCUCUUCCUACACAACAGUGGCACAUCUGAGAACUGGACUCUCACCACAGACAGCAAGGGCAUUGCUUCUUUCUCUCUAGACACCUCUUCGUGGAGUUCUGAUUCUGUGUCUCUGUCGGCUCGUUAUCAAAAGGUUGAGGAGGAUUAUCUGUACGAGCAGGAUGUGCGUAGACCAGAAUAUUCAUCCGCUUACCAUUUCGCAUGGAAAUUCUAUUCCAAGAGCAAGAGUUUUGUGAAGAUAAUGCAGGGAGAAGGGAAGUUCUCCUGUGAGAAGGACGGGAUUGUUCUUGCUCGCUACAUCAUCCAAGGGGAGGAGCUGAUAAAGGGACAGACGACCCUGGACUUUUUCUAUCUGGUUAUAUCUAGAGGCAGCAUUCAGCAGCAUGGCCGUCUUCCUGUGACCGUUAAAGAAGGAAAAGUUAAUCAAGGGGAGCUGACGCUCUCGCUACAGCGGAUGCCUGAGCUGACCCCUUUUGCCCAGGUGGUGGUGUACACCGUGUUGCCUGAUGGGGAGGCAGUAGCAGACAGCCGAGACUUCCCCAUUCACCUCUGCCUGAAAAACCAGGUGUCCCUGACGUUCUCGGCCCUCCAGGAGUUGCCAGGGGAGAAGACCUCUCUGAGCAUCCAGGCCCACCCAGGGUCUCUGUGUUCUCUCAGGGCCAUUGACCAGAGUGUGCUGCUGCUACAGCCUGAACAGGAGCUCAGCCUAGACUCUGUCUUCAGUCAGCUGCCUGUUCAGAAGUUGUCUGGAUAUUCAUACAGAGUAGAAGACUUUGACCCCUACCCAUGCCAACCAUUUCCUCCAAUCAUUGAAGAGGAGAUGGAAGUGCUCCCUGCACUUGAACUGAGCGAGGAGUUUGAAGCACCACCCGUACCUAAUAGGAAAAAACGCUCAUUCUGGUUUGGCCCCAACAACGAAAAAAACGAUGUUUACCACAUCUUUAAAGAAGUUGGAAUCAAGAUCCUGACAAACUCCGACGUGAAAAAACCUUACGACUGUCACAUACUAUCUAUAAUGGAAUAUGGCAUAAACGGAGAAAAUAUCCGUUUGAAAUCAGUAGAUGACAGUGAUGCUCCAGUGUCAAUGGCCAACAUGAUGCCAGACCACUCAGCAGCUGGAGCCUCUGACGGGCCUAAGGAGACCGUCCGCACAUACUUCCCAGAGACCUGGAUCUGGGACCUGGUGCCUGUGGGAGAUACAGGAAAAGUGAAUGUUGAGAAGACUGUUCCAGACACCAUCACUAAGUGGGCUGCAGGGGCGUUCUGUACUUCCCCAGUGGGUUUUGGCCUGGCUCCCAACACUGGCCUCACUGCCUUCCAACCCUUCUUUGUGAGCCUGACACUGCCCUACUCUGUCAUCCGGGGGGAGGUGUUCACACUCAAGGCCACAGUGUUCAACUACCUCUCCAAGUGUAUCAUGGUGAAGGUGACUCUAGCUGAGUCGGACCAGUUCACAGCCAGGCCAUGUGAAGGCUGCCAGUACACCCUGUGUCUGUGUGCUGAGGAGAGCAGGACCUUCAAGUGGAUCCUCACCCCAACUGCUCUGGGGGAGGUGAGUGUGAAAGUGAGCGCUGAGGCAUUGAAGACUGAGGAGCUCUGCGGCAACGAGGUGGCCACAGUGCCAGAGAGAGGACGCAUUGACACCAUUGUGCAAACACUGCUGGUGGAGGCCGAGGGAACCCAGGAGACGGUCAGCCACAACGCUCUGCUCUGCCCUGCAGAGGGCCCAGUGGAGAAGGACAUCUCUCUGAAGCUGCCUGAGGUGUUUGUGGAGGGCUCUGCCAAGGCCUCCCUUUCAGUACUGGGUGACCUGAUGGGUCGGGCCAUGAAGAACCUGGACAGCCUGUUGCAGAUGCCCUAUGGCUGUGGAGAGCAGAACAUGGUGCUGUUUGCUCCCAACAUCUACAUCCUCAACUACCUGCAGAGCACCAGGCAGCUCACCAUGGAGAUCCAGACCAGGGCCACAGGCUUCCUAGAGAGUGGCUACCAGAGAGAGCUCAACUACAAGCAUGACGAUGGCUCCUACAGUGCCUUUGGGCAGAGCGAUGAGUCUGGAAACACCUGGCUCACCUCCUUUGUGCUGAAGUCCUUUGGCGGGGCCAAGCCCUACAUCUUCGUGGACCCCACCCACAUUGCCCAGGCCAAGGCCUGGUUGGCCAGUCACCAGCAGAAGGAUGGCUGCAUUGCGUCAGUGGGGAAACUCUUCCAUAACGGCAUGAAGGGAGGGGUCGGGGAUCAGGUGUCGCUCACUGCCUACAUCACCACUGCACUGCUGGAGCUGGAUGGCAACACUUCUGACCCCAUGGUGGAGAAGAGUCUGGCGUGUCUGAGGGCAGCAGUGUCUGACCAGCUGGAGAACACCUACACCACGGCCCUGCUGUCCUACACCUUCACCCUGGCCCAAAACCAGGACAUGAGGGCCAAGCUCAUCACCCACCUGGACAAGAUAGCUGCUACCUCAGGUGGCAAUCGUCACUGGGAGAGAGCAGAGGCUUCUGGGACGAAGACUGACUCUCUGGAGGUGGAGAUGACAUCCUACGUGCUGUUGGCGCUGCUCUCAGGCCCCUCGAUGCCAGGCUUUGGGCUUGGCUACUCCACCGGCAUCGUCCGCUGGCUGGCCCAGCAGCAGAACCCGUAUGGAGGCUUUGCCUCCACACAGGACACAGUGGUAGCACUGCAGGCCCUGGCCAAGUACGGCGCCGCCACCUUCAGUCCAGAGGGCGCCAGUACAGUCAGUGUGAGCUCGGCCAGAGGCCUGAAGAUGGAGUUCACUGUAAAUCAGAACAACAGGCUGCUCUAUCAGGAGGAGCAGCUGAAGGAGGUCCCUGGGGACUACAACAUCAAGGCACAGGGCAAGAGCUGCGUGUUUGUGCAGAUCUCCAUGCACUACAAUAUUCCCCCUCCUCCUGACUUCUCUGCUUUCAACAUCUCAACACAGACGCUUGGGAAAUGCAACGGCACCAAGAAAUCUCUGAUAGUUUCUGUGAAUGUCAGGUACAACGGUCGGCGAGAGGAGACCAACAUGGUGAUCAUCAAUGUCAAGCUUCUCUCCGGCUUCGUCCUGGACAAGUCCUCCCUUAGGCCUUUGAAAAAUGACCCCACUGUCAAACGAGUUGACCUGGAGGAAGGACAUGUCAUCAUCUACCUAGAUGGGCUUAAGCAGAAGGAAACUAAGACGUACAGCCUGGCCAUAGAGGAGGAUGUGCCUGUGAGGAAUCUGAAACCAGCUGUGGUGAAAGUGUAUGACUACUACCAGACAAGUGAUGAAGCUGUGAGUGAAUACAGCUCCCCAUGUGCAGAGAGUGAUGAAGUCAAUGAAGUGUGACAGAGAGAGCCAAACACAAGCUGACUGGACCCGGGCUCAACCAAGUACUUUAAUAUGUAGGAAGUAAUGUUUUUUAGGCAGAGCUCAUAGAACCUCUCCAUUUAUUUGGUUUGAUGCUUAUAGUUUCUGGUAACACAUUGACCAACUCGUGAUCCGAUUUGUAAUAUUGUAAGUGAACACCAUUUUUUGUCAUUUUAAUAGAUUGGCCGUAGGAUUUUACCUUUUAACACCUUUUUUAUUGUGUUACUUUGAUUUGUGCCAAAACAUGUCACAACUUGCUGUUGUAACCCUAAUAAACCUGCUAUUACUAAAGUUAUGUGAGAUUGUUAUUUCAAAAGUUUAAUUUCAGUGUUUCUACUGCGAUGAUAAAUGCAUACGACUGCAUCUACUGAAAAUGAAAUAAAUGUUUUAAUAAAACUAUGUUACUAUGGAUUCAACCA